AUGGCCGCCGAACACGGAGAGAGGGAGAGGCGCGGAGAGACGGAGACGCAGAGGGGCGGAGGCGGAGACGCAGAGGGGCGGAGGCAGAGACGCAGAGAGGUGGAGGCAGAGACGCAGAGAGGCGGAGGCAGAGAUGCAGUGAGGCGGAGGCAGAGACGCAGAGAGGCGGAGGCAGAGACGCAGAGAGGCGGAGGCAGAGACGCAGAGAGGCGGAGGCAGAGAUGCAGAGAGGCGGAGGCAGAGACGCAGAGAGGCGGAGGCAGAGACGCAGAGAGGCGGAGGCAGAGACGCAGAGAGGCGGAGGCAGAGACGCAGAGAGGCGGAGGCAGAGACGCAGAGAGGCGGAGGCAGAGACGCAGAGAGGCGGAGGCAGAGACGCAGAGAGGCGGAGGCAGAGACGCAGAGAGGCGGAGGCAGAGACGCAGAGAGGCGGAGGCAGAGACGCAGAGAGGCGGAGGCAGAGACGCAGAGAGGCGGAGGCAGAGACGCAGAGAGGCGGAGGCAGAGACGCAGAGAGGCGGAGGCAGAGACGCAGAGAGGCGGAGGCAGAGACGCAGAGAGGCGGAGGCAGAGACGCAGAGAGGCGGAGGCAGAGACGCAGAGAGGCGGAGGCAGAGACACAGAGAGGCGGAGGCAGAGACACAGAGAGGCGGAGGCAGAGACACAGAGAGGCGGAGGCACAGAUGCAGAGAGGCGGAGGCAGUGACGCAGAGAGGCGGAGGCAGAGACGCAGACACAGGUUGA